AGGAUGCAGAUCAGCGCAACAUCUAUGGCUUGUGUGUUUCUUAUACAGAGGAACAUCCGCUCAAGACUCACUCAAACUGCACUUGUUGUCGCUCCAGAUUUCAGCUCCGCACCGAAACUGACGUCACGUAGGUGAAUCCACAAGUUCAGGUGCGUCUCUGAGAGCGCUCAGAGCACAUCAGUUCUAGUCAGCGUCUCACCCUAGACGGCCUCUCCCUGGAGCUCUGUUGGAUCUGACUAUGGCAGAGUGAACCAAGCAGAAGAAGUAGGGAUACAUGGAGCCUCCCUGACACUCAGGAGAGAAAAGGGUAGAGGUGUGUGUCCUGGGCCAGAGGAGCAGGAGAGAUGACCUGGGGGACACUGUACACCCAGCUGGCUGGUGUGAACCGCCACUCCACCAGCCUGGGGAAGGUGUGGCUGUCUGUCCUCUUCAUCUUCCGUGUCACCGUGCUGGUCCUGGCGGCCGAAAGCGUCUGGGGGGACGAACAGAGUGACUUUGUCUGCAACACCCUGCAGCCGGGCUGCGAGAACGUCUGCUACGACCACUUCUUCCCCGUGUCCCACAUUAGGCUCUGGUGUCUGCAGCUUAUCUUCGUCUCCACGCCCGCUCUCCUUGUCGCCAUGUACGUGGCCUACCGUAAUCACAGCGACAAACGCCAGGUCCUGCAGCAGGGUUCAGUCGGGGGGCGUUGCCGCAGCGACAAGGCCCAGGCGGCCGAGGAGGCUGAGCUAGAGAGCCUGAGGAGGCGGAGGUUGCCAAUCGCCGGGCCGCUGUGGUGGACGUACGCCUGUAGUCUGGUCUUCCGCCUGCUUUUCGAGGGAGGCUUCAUGUAUGCUCUGUACGUGUUGUACGACGGCUUCCAGAUGCCCAGGCUGGUCCAGUGUGACCAGUGGCCCUGUCCUAAUGUGGUGGACUGCUUUGUCUCCCGCCCCACAGAAAAAACUGUCUUCACCGUUUUCAUGGCCGCCUCCUCCUGCGUCUGUAUGGCUCUCAACAUGGCCGAACUGGCCUACCUGGUCGCCAAGGCUAUCGCUCGGUGCCCGUCAUCACGGCGCAGAGGGGGGAAACAGAAAGGGAAGGGUGCAAACUGUUUCUCAACCUCUUCCAAAGACAAGACUCUGCAGCAGAACAAGAAGAAUGAGAAGUUGUUGUCGUCCUCUUCGUCUGGGUCCACCUGCAGCAAGGCGGUGUGAGGACGGAGGAGCUAUAGACAUAGCGUACAUAUGCACACACAGACGUGCAAAACAUAAGUAGCCUACAGUACACACACAAACACACCGAAUCAUAAACAUGUGUAAACACUGUGUAGUCCACUCCAGACAUGCACAGAAGAUCUCCUUCCACGCUUCAGUCAUUGGAGUCACUACGCCAUCUAGUGGCCAAUAUUCACACAUGGCCAUUGACCACUCACAGGCAAAGACAGACAGACAGACAGACAGACAGACAGACAGACAGACAGACAGACAGACAGACAGACAGACAGACAGACAGACAGACAGACAGUUUGUAUUGCUCCUAUGGAAUUGUGAUGUUGGUAAUGAAGAGAUAACAUUGUAAAUACACUGACAAUGGCAUUCGCAGGAUCACAGUAGAGUACUACGAGUAAAGGCUUACGCAAUGACCUACAGAGGAUGUGUGUGUGUUUUAAAAACGAGUGAAAUAAAAACAUUAGAUAUUUGA